AGAGCCAGGCAACGGUCGGAGGGAGGGAUCUAGGCUCACACACCGGGACAGCAUGGCUGGGGACAGCGAGCAGGCUCUGCCGCACCAUCCCACACACGGCGGGCAGCCCUUCCUUAUCGGGGUGUCGGGGGGCACUGCCAGCGGCAAGUCAUCAGUAUGUUCGAAGAUUGUGCAGCUUCUGGGGCAAAACGAGGUCGACCAUCAUCAUAAGCAGGUGGUGAUGCUGAGUCAAGACAGUUUCUACAAAAUAUUAACUCCAGAACAGAAGAUUAAAGCCCUAAAGGGACAGUUCAAUUUCGACCACCCAGAUGCCUUUGACAAUGAACUCAUCUUAAAGACACUCCGAGAGAUAAUGGAAGGAAGAACAGUUCAGAUUCCAGUCUAUGAUUUUGUUUCUCAUUCCAGGAAGGAGGAGACUGUGACCGUAUACCCAGCAGAUGUGGUGCUUUUUGAAGGAAUCCUGGCGUUCUACGUUCAGGAUAUCAGGGACAUGUUUCAGAUGAAGCUAUUUGUAGAUACUGAUGCUGAUACACGGCUCUCUAGGAGAGUUCUCAGGGAUAUUAAUGAGCGAGGACGGGAUUUGGAGCAGAUUCUUUCGCAGUACAUCACGUUUGUGAAGCCGGCCUUCGAAGAGUUUUGCCUCCCGAGCAAGAAAUAUGCUGACGUGAUCAUUCCUAGAGGUGCCGACAAUCUGGUUGCGAUCAACUUGAUUGUCCAGCACAUCCAGGAUAUCUUAAAUGGUGGUUUAACCAAGCGACAGACCAACGGCUAUAUGAACGGUUGCACGGGCUCUCGGAGCAGACAUCCCUCCGAGUCUAACAGCAGCCGUCCUCACUAAGUGCAGUCCAUGCCAGGGAUACAGCUGUGGAAUAUGUACAUACUAAUACAAAACAAAUUAAAUACACAGUGCCCCUUCACUCCUGGAGAGCUUAGUGGGUGUUUUCUUUGUCGGAGAAUGUUGCCUUUAUUGGCCAAUAAAAUUGUGCCAAGUGCGCUACAGGAAGCUGGGAGAUGCUAUAACUGGAACCAAACCAAACUCUUACAAGACUUUGCUUAUCCAUCUGGAAAUUGGUUAAAGGAAAAGAAAAAUCUUUGAACUAAUAAUGUGCUGAUGCUUUUUUUUUGUGUGUGUUUUUUUUCUACUUUUAAUGGGUGUGGGGCAUUAAGUGGGAGCCAAUGGAGGUUUGACAGACAAACAAAACUUGAAACAGUAACUACUGCAAUGAUGACAUUCAAAACAUCACCUGGGAAUCCAUUAUCUUUACAUAGAAACAAUAGAUCUCUAUAUUUUUUCUCUCAAAAUGUCUAAUUCUGUAAAAUUAUUUACCACAAAAGUAUUUUACAAGCUUCAGAUAUUUUUGACGUGAGGCGGAUUCUUCAUACUCUGUCUAAGAGCUGUAACCGUUAUCAUAAACUUGAAGACUUUACAAGUUGUUUUUUUUGGGGGUAGGUUGUAAGUGUAUUUGGUGUUAGCGGGUGGUUUAGUUUAAUCUACUUCACAGGCCAAAUGUUUGUUUUCCUGCCAGAAAAUGUUUUUGUUUUCCUCGCCCUGCGCCCACCCCGAUACUGUAAUAGUGAUAAUUCCAGUUAUGAGAUUCUUUGUAUAAAACAAAAUGGUUGCCACACUCUUGUGAAAUCGAUUUAGACUCAAAAGUGUAAUUGUUAAACAGAGAAAUAAAUCAAUUUGUCCUUUAUAUUGAGGCUUCGGUAAAGGGACGUGAAGUAAAAUCCUCAUUCAGACGGAGGAUAUAGUUUAAAACAAAGACUUUCCAAUUUACUUUUUAUUGUGAAAUUUUGUUUUUUUUAAUUUAGCUGCUUUCCAUGAGAGCAUACUGGUGUAGACUCUGUACUUAUAUGUAUAAUAGCAUUGUUACAUUCUUGGGAACUUAUCAUCUUGUAAUGCACAAGACACGUGCACGCUCUGAGCCUAAUUUAGUACGCUGUCAUGAAAAGGAGUAAUGUUUCAACACAGUAGCUCAAAAACAAGGGGUUCAUUUAAAGGGACAUAAAACCCCAAAUUUGCCUUUCAUGAUUCAGAUAGUGCAUACAAUUUGAAAAUUUCAAAUCUACUUCUUUUAUUGAUUUUGCUAAAUUCUAUUGGCAUCUUUUAUUGAAAGAGCAGCAAUGCACUGCUAAGAACCAGCUGAACACAUUGGUAAGCCAAUGGCAAUAGACAUAUUUGCAGCCACCAAUCUGUAGCUAGCUCCCAGCUCCUGAACCUCCCUAGGUAUGCUUUUCUACAAACUAUACCAAAUGAACAAAGCAAAUGAGAUAAUAGUAAAUUAGAAAUUUGUUCUAAAUUGUAUGUUCUCUCUGAAAUAAAAAUGUUGGGUUUCAUGUUCCUUUGAUAGAAGUUAAUUGGAGAGAGGUUUUUUUUUUUAAAUUGUACGCUCUAUCUCAAUCAUGAAGCUAUAAUUUUGAUUGCCACGUCCCUUUAAGCUGAAGUUGAAUAUUAAUCUAUUUGGGGUUUCAUUUGGACCCAAUUUUGUUCAGUGCUUUUCUGCUGUAACUCGCAAUACCCUGUGUAAAAUAUUUUGUUUCAUUUGUGCCAAAAGAAAAGUCGUUUGGUGCAGUAAAAUGCAGGUAUUUGAUUUACGAAUUAAACAAAAAAAUAUAUUGAAUGAAAUUGCUCUCAAGCCUUAGCUGUCUAACAAUGGCAAAAUUUCCAUCUUUCUAGAAGUUGCAUCAGAGACUUUAUCACUUGAGGUGUGAGACUUCCAAUGCAAAAAAAAAAAUAAUAAAAAUAUUGAAAUGUUUAUGAAAA